CAUGGCGGCGCCCAGGGGGUGACGUGGGUCAGGUCUUUGCUGGGGGUCAGUGUCUCCUCUGGGACUGAGCUGAGGGGUCAGUGGGCACUCUGGGUCCGAGCUGAGGGGGUAGUGGGCACUCUGGGACUGAGCUGAGGGGUCAGUGGGCACUCUGGGUCCGAGCUGAGGGGGCAGUGGGCACUCUGGGACUGAUCUGGGUGGACAGUGGGCACUCUGGGUCUGAGCUGAGGGGACAGUGGACACUCUGGGACUGAGCUGAGGGGUCAGUGGGCACUCUGGGUCCGAGCUGAGGGGGCAGUGGGCACUCUGGGACUGAUCUGGGUGGACAGUGGGCACUCUGGGUCUGAGCUGAGGGGACAGUGGACACUCUGGGACUGAGCUGAGGGGUCAGUGGGCACUCUGGGUCCGAGCUGAGGGGGCAGUGGGCACUCUGGGACUGAUCUGGGUGGACAGUGGGCACUCUGGGUCUGAGCUGAGGGGACAGUGGGCACUCUGGGUCCGAGCUGAGGGGACAGUGGGCACUCUGGGUCCGAGCUGAGGGGGCAGUGGUCACUCUGGGUCCGAGCUGAGGGAACAGCGGGCACUCAGGGUCCGAGUUGAGGGGACAGUGGGCACUCUGGGUCCGAGCUGAGGGGGCAGUGGUCACUCUGGGUCCGAGCUGAGGGAACAGCGGGCACUCUGGACGUGAGCAGGAAGGCAGUGUCCGUCCAGAGCCAGGCACGAUGUCUGUAAUGAUGAGGAGGCUGCCUGCCCGGUGCCUGUUCCAGGAUUCCUUCCCUGCUGCUUCCCAGUCUCUCCUGAAACAUUGCCAGAGCACCACAGAACCUGUCCCCGAAAGCAGCGAAGUGAAACGUCGAGGGGGGAGACCCUCUGAGGAGAGCGGUGACCCCCAGGGCGAGCCCAGGGCCUGGUACAUCGCGGAACGCCAGCGGCACUUCGAGAAGCUGAAGAGGGCUCACGAGGAGAUGGUGAGGGAGAGGCAACUGCGGGAGAGCCGGCCGAUCGAGGUCAGGCUGGCGAGUGGGCAGCGGGUGGAAGGAGAGGCAUGGAAAACCAGCCCUUACCACGUCGCCAGGGCCAUCAGUCCCAGCCUGGCUGGCAGUGCCGUUGUUGCCCGGGUGAAUGGCCAGCUCUGGGAUCUCCUGCGGCCCCUGGAGGGUGACUCGUCCGUGGAGUUCCUGCCGUUCGGUGACCCAGCGGCACAGGCG